GGCUGGCCGCGCUUGGUCCGGCUCUUUGGCUCGGGUCGGCUUUGCUCUCGGACUUGGCUCGGUGGAGGGUCUCGCGGACCGUACGCUGUUCUGUUCCGCCAGAGUCAAUCACCUUCAACUCGUCUGAGUGCUGUGUCCGGAGGCCUGAAAUGGCUGAAGUAAUGGCUUCUGAUGGUCGUGACCCUUACGAGGAAAAGUGUGUCAAAGAGUACAGCAAUGGAACGGCAAGCGAAGGUUCAAAUCAUAUUCAAAUGAACGGUGUGACAAAUGGACAUUCCGGAGACAAAUCAAAGGAUAAACAUCGUGACAAGGAUAAACAUCACAAGGACAAACAUCGGGACAAAGAUAGGGACAAGAAUCGUGAGAAGGACAAAGAAAAAGAUAGGAGUAAGCACAGCUCUAGUUCAAAGGACAAGGAUAAGCACAGUAGUAGCAGCAGCAGUAAGGAUAAAGACAAGAGCCGUGACAAAGACCAUAAAAGCUCUUCAUCGAAAGACAAGGACCGAGAGCGUGAUAAAAGCUCCAGCAAGGACAAGGACCGAACUGACAAAUACAAGAGUAGCAGUAGUAGUUCUGGGCAUAAGUCAUCAUCCAGUAGUAAAGAUAAAGAAAAAUCCUCUUCUUCCUCUUCAAAGGACAAGGAUAAAUCACAUUCUUCUUCAAACAAGGACAAGGACAAAGAAAGAAGCAAAGAUAAAGAUAAGGAAAGAGAGAAGGACAAGCACAAAGAUCGCAGCAAGGACAAAGACAAGGAAAGGAAAGACAAAGAUAGAAAAAGUAGUGAUGGGGAUCGCCAGAAGGACAAGGAACGAAGCAAAGAAAAGUCCAAGCAUGAUAGUGACCGCAAGGAUAAGGAUAAAUAUAAGGAUAAGGAGAGAGAGAAAAAGUAUGAAGAGAAGGUGGAAGUUAAGCGUGAAUUAGAAUCACCUGUGGCCAUCAAGGAAGAGAGACUUUCAAUUUCUCCUGUAGCUAUCAAGCGAGCCGAUACUGAUGACAGUUUAGAUGAUACAUCCUUGAAUAUGGACAGUUUUAAACAGGAAGAAUAUUCAAGUUUCAAAGAAGAACCGUCAAGCAUUGAUGAUGACAAUGAUCAGGAUCAGUCUUAUGUUGAUAGGUCUGUUAAAAGAGAGGAUAGUGAUGAUGAAGAUUCGGAUGCACCACUGGCAUCAAGGAAAUCACUGGAAUCAUCAAAUAAACGCAAAGCGGGAAGUGACAGUGAGGAAGAUAAGCCACUCCUGGCUAGGGCAGCUCCCAAAAAGGUGAAGAAAGAAGUCAAGAAGGAGGUAAAGAAACGUAAGAGUGAAGCCUACGACAGUGAAGACGAAGAUCUGAAACCUAAAAAGAAGAAGAAGAAAGCACCAGUGAAGCAAGAAGCCCAGCUUAGCCCCACAAAGAAGAAGAAGAAGGAAGAGGAGGAGCAACAAGUCUGGAAAUGGUGGGAAGAAGAGAAGAAGGAGGAUGGAGUUAAGUGGCGGUUCUUGGAGCACAAGGGCCCACUCUUUGCCCCUCCCUACGAGCCGCUACCUGACAAUGUCAAGUUCUUCUAUGAUGGAAAGGAAAUCAGUCUCUCAGAGCUUGCGGAAGAAGUUGCUACUUUCUAUGCGAAAAUGCUUGAACAUGACUACACAACUAAACCAGUGUUCAAUAAUAAUUUUUUCAAAGACUGGCGAAAAGUUAUGACAGAUCACGAAAGAUCCAUCAUUACUGACCUCAAGAAAUGCAACUUUAAACCAAUGAAUAAGUAUUUCAAUGAGCAAUCUGAAAUUCGGAAAGCUAUGAGUAAAGAGGAAAAGAAGAAAAUCAAGGAAAAGAAUGACGAGAUUCAGAAAGAAAUGGGCUUUUGUACAAUUGAUGGACAUCAAGAAAAAAUUGGUAACUUCCGUAUUGAACCGCCAGGGUUAUUCCGUGGUAGAGGUGAACACCCUAAAAUGGGCAUGUUGAAGAGAAGGGUAAAUCCUGAGGAUGUCAUCAUCAACUGUAGCAAGGAUUCUAAAGUUCCCAAAGCCCCUGCUGGUCACAGAUGGAAAGAAGUUCGCCAUGACAACAAAGUAACUUGGCUUGCCAGUUGGACUGAAAAUGUUCAAGGGCAAGUGAAAUAUGUCAUGUUGAAUCCUUCGUCAAAACUUAAGGGAGAAAAGGACUGGCAGAAGUACGAGAUAGCUCGCAAGUUAGCAAAAACAAUUGACAAGAUUCGUGAUGACUAUCGGCAGGACUGGAAGUCCAAGGAAAUGCGUAUCAGACAGAGAGCUGUAGCUAUGUACUUCAUUGACAAGCUUGCUUUGAGAGCUGGUAAUGAGAAAGAUGCUGAAGACCAGGCUGACACAGUCGGUUGCUGUUCUCUGCGGGUUGAACACAUUUCACUGGAGGCUGAAAAAGAUGGUAAAGAGAAUGUUGUCAUAUUUGACUUUCCUGGUAAGGAUUCUAUCAGAUAUUACAAUGAAGUUCCUGUUGAGAAGAGAGUGUUCAAGAAUUUGCAACUUUUCAUGGAAAAGAAGCAAGGUGGUGAUGAUCUCUUCGACCGUCUCAAUACCGGGAUUCUCAAUAAACAUUUAAGUGAUUUAAUGGAAGGCUUGACUGCCAAAGUCUUCCGUACUUACAACGCUUCAUGGACAUUACAAGAACAACUUAAUCUAUUGACUAAUCCAGAUGAUACAGUUGCAGAAAAGAUUCUUGCCUACAAUAGAGCAAAUCGAGCUGUAGCCAUUCUUUGUAACCAUCAGCGUUCAGUCCCCAAGUCUCAUGACAAAUCAAUGGAAAAUUUGAAAGGAAAAAUUGAAGCUAAAAGGGAGCUAGUAGAAGAUGCAGAAAAAAAAUAUAAGGAAGCUAAACGGAAUCGAUCAGCUGAUACAGACAAGAAAAAGAAAGCUUUGGAUAGACUUCGAGAGCAACUCAACAAGCUGGAGAUCCAGGAAACUGAUAGGGAAGAAAACAAAACUAUUGCUCUUGGUACAUCUAAGCUGAAUUAUCUGGACCCUCGGAUAUCAGUAGCAUGGUGCAAGAAGUUCGAUGUUCCUAUUGAGAAGAUUUACAACAAAACACAACGUGAUAAGUUCCGCUGGGCUAUUGACAUGGCUGAGGCUGAUUAUGUUUUCUGAACACACUGCCUUACUUCACAUCUCUGGAUGUGGCUGUAGAUUUUCUUGUCUGAUUUUACUUGAUAUUUGUACUUUUUGAUGAACUUCUAAUUACGUAUUAAGUAAACCCAACUCUGGACCUUUACUUAGUAAAAAAUCCCAGCCUGGUUAUCGACUACUGUAGUUUUAUUUUACAUUUUGAGUGAAAGUUUGGUAAUUUAUAAUUUCCCCUUGCUUUCUAUGAUUUUAUUUAAAACUUAAACGGUGAAUAAAAUGUGAGAUUAAGUGUAGUAAAAAUAAUUUAUGAAUAUAUUUGUAUUACAUUGUAGUUGAAAUGUAUAUCAUGCACAAGUUCCUUAAUCUGCUUCGUAGGUGUGCCACACGUCACACGUGAUUGGUACAAUUUAUACCAAUGAUUAUUAAUGUUUGUUUCUUUCACAUACUUAAAUUAUUUUUAUUCAUUUUGAUGACUUAGACUUAUGAAUUUCCCUGGAUUGUACUCACAAUGUAUAUACUGCCAUAAGACCACCUGUACUAGUACUUUAUUUAAAUAAAUUUCAAUCAGGCAGAUUUUGGAGCUAUUGCGUUCUCUGUAUUCACUUGGCUGCUUUAGGCCAAUUUUGUAGACUUCUCUUUUUUUAUUGAAUAGAAACUUAAUAUUUCUUUAUAAUUAUAUUCCUGAUAUACCUAAAUCAAUAUUUGUGUGCCUAGUAUACAGGAACUAGAGAGGUGAACCUAAACCAUGAUGAUUUAUAGUUUUUGUGUACUGUGAUUAAUUUCAGUUUCAGAGGCCAUUAGUUGCGGACUGAGUUGGCCCAUUUCUAAUGUUAUGCAAAUACCUUGUUCUGCUAAGAAUUCUGGUUUGCUAACUUUAGUACUGGCAGAAAGGUGCUACUGUAAUGAAAUUGGUGUGUAAAUGAUCAGUAGUGCUUCAUGCAUUUAAUCUUUUGCCUUACUUAAAAGGCAGUAUCAUAGAUGUGUCAAUUGUAUUGUUUUAUCUGUGCUGGGAGUGCAAUACACUGGUUGUGGUUCUCAGUGGCGCUAAGAGGUUUCAGCUUUGCUGAGUUUCAUCCCCCAAAAAAACCCAAAAAUCAAAAAAAAAAAUAUAAAGAGAAAAAUGAAAUUUUAUUUACUGUCUCACUUUACUUUGUUAAAACACAAGCAAAUGAAUAAACUUCUAGUACAAUUUUAAA